CCAGACAGUGUUUAAUAUCCAAACACUGACAUACCCUUCGGUGACCAGUCAUUUUUAUCUACAUACACUCAUACUUUCCAUUAGGCUGUGUUUUAGGAGUGUUUAUGAAUUGAACUGAUUCCCACAUGUACAGUAACUAAGGCCUGUGUGUGUGUGUGUGUGUGUGUGUGUGUCUGUGUGUUGAAGGUGGUACCCACAUGGACAUUCAUGGUUAAUGACUGAUAGCUGCUGAUAUCAGAGAGGAGACUGUUGGUUUGCUGUUGGUUGUACAUUUGGAAAUUCUUCUUGGGUAUACACGUCUGUGUGUGUACACUGUCAAUUCUUUUCCAUUUCAUAGACUUAAACUGUAAAAUUCAUUUUUUGCAGGCUUUAAAUGCUUUAAAUGCAAUAGUUUACAAUACAAUACCAUAUUUCUUGUGUACAUUUAACAGAAUAUGUGUGGCUACUAUGGUGGAAAUUUUUUAUUAUAAAUAAUGUAUUCAUAUGAGAAAAUACAGCUAAAUUACAGUAAUAUAUGGCAUGACGGAAGUUACAGUUGCCUGCUGUCAAUUUACAUUACUGUACUAUGUGAUGAUGCAGUAAACUACUGAAAUAUAGGACACAUAGAAAACAGUCAUUUGCUGUGAAUGUACAGUAAUGCAACUAGUAGCUAGGAAUGUAUCGCAAACAUACAGUCAAAUAUUUGACGGUAUACGUGUGUGUGGAGUCACACAGUUAACUUUAAGUUGGUGUGUAUUUUUAGUACGCAAAUAAAAGGUGUGUAAGAAACAACGAGUCUGAAGAAGAAACAAAGACAAAGUCAUUGAUAGUGAGAGUUGUUCACCGUGUGUGCGUGUCUGUGUGUGUGUGCGUGUGCGUGUGCGUGUGUGCGUGUGCGUGUGGGGACGACAGAAGUGCAGGUUUGGGCAGGGUCAACAUGUGACGUUGUGUGUUAGGGGAGUAUCUUGAGCUUCCAGCUCUCAGUCAUUCACUCAGACUCUCACACACACACACACACACACACAGAGAGCGGGAUAGGAGACAACAGCAAAGCAUCAGAGAUAACAAAGAAGAAAAGGUGCACGAGAAGUCAAAUUAAAGAAGAUGGCAAUCGGCAAGAAUUCCAGGAAAAGCUCGUCCAGAAGCUCAAUCCGGGCUCCAAAGUUUCUGGAUAAAUCCAGCGGCUUCUACGGUCGCCUGGAUGAGCCUGAAACCACCACAGGAGGAGAAGAGGUGAAGGGAAAUCAUGUAGAGGACAGAGGGAAUGGCAUAGAAGACGCUAACACAGAGAGGAGAGUGAGUACCACAGCCCCAGGUGUGGUGCACAGUUCUGGGUCGAAUGAGGACGAGGAGGAUGAGGCAUUUGAUUUCAAUGAGGGGUCGAUUGAGGAUGAUGGUGAGACUCUCCUGAGCAGGAAACCCAAUCGCCUCAGCAGCAAGUGGAAGAGAAGCUCCAGGAGGAAACAGAAGGACCGGAAGGUCAUGGAGGAUUCAGCCCAGGAUGAGAGACCCGGUCUAGGCAUGGAGAGUCCUGCUGAGCCCCAGGCACUGGAGGCCACCGCGGUGAUAACUGAGGUAGAGGUGGAGAAACUGAAGAGGAUGGAGGAAGAAAACGAAAAGGUGGGAAGAGGAAAGGAGCCUGCACUUGUUCACUUUCAGGUACGGGAGGAUAAGGAUGACCAAGUCCUCAUUAGGGACAAGAAAAGGGCAAGAGAAGAAAAGGGAGAAGAGGAGAGGAGGAUGGAGAGAGAGCAGGAGGAGGGAAUGAAAAUGCUGAAGAGGACUACGAUGAGGAAUUACCGCAAGACCUUGGACCGAGCCUUGCGUCGCGGCUGGGAGGCUUUCAUCACCAACCUCUACAGUGUCACGCUCACACCAGUGACUCCCUCCUCGCCACCUUCCCCUUCUUUAAAAAAGAAGCAACAGCACAACUCAGUAUUAGCCGAGUUCCGGUAGAACCGGGCCCUUUUUUAAUAUUUGCUUUGUUCAAAUCAUGAUUUAUGUUGAAUCUGUGAGGACUUUUACAGCCACAUAUGUGUGUGUGUCAUGCAUUCGGCCUCAGCGAACAUUAAUUAUUUAUGUUACUUCCUGAGUCUUAAUUACUCGACAUUAGAUUCGCUGCCUUUUCAUUUAACAGUGUUUUCAUGUACAAACAGGAGCUGUGGGAGCUAAGUAAGUUGAUUUUACAUUGAAGUCUAUGAGACUGGUUUGAACUUCAAAAGCAGCCUUUAUAUGACGGAGUUCAACUAAACCUGGUUCCCUCCUUCUAUGUCACUAAUUUCAGAUUUCAGUGUAAGAAUGUCUUAACAUCUUAAAUCCAGUUCACUAUUAAAACCUCCUUUGGUUUAGCACAAUGAAACUAGUGAUGUGUUGAUGUGUAAACAAAGGCAAUGGGACAUUGUGGACGUUUGUUCUGGUGAUAUUCACAUAUCUGUGAGGUGAUCACUGCCGUUAAUCAGUAAUCGACUGUGGUUAAUGAGACAUGGACAAACACACUCAUGCACACAGAAUGUCUGUGUCUAGACUCUCAUAUUAAAAUGAAUAAGAGUAAGAAUUUAAGUUUUCACCAACUCUACCAAGUUUUCCCCCCAUGUGUGCACUCAGAAGUACACAUGUGAUGUCAGGUAGAGCCUGACAGUGUUUGCUCUCAUAGCUCUGAGUGUGUUCCAGUGAAGGUUAUUUAACCUGAAGGAGCAAUGUAUGAUGGAGAAUGAAAGAGCCUUUUUUUGUUUUUGUUUUUAUGCAUUCAUAAAUUCUGAUUUAAAAACCAACCAACAUGUCAAACAGAAUUUGUAAAGUAUUAAUGGCCAUUGUUUAAUAAAGCAACCAUGUUUACAAUA